GAACGCACUCUUGGAGAGACGUUGUCGUUCCUUCUGGUCGCGGCGGUGACAUGCACGGUGCUUGAGCAUCUGAACUCAAAAUUGCCCUCCUGCAUCCGACUUCCCAUCUCCGUUGUCCUCUUCGUGGCGGGACUACUCAUAGGAAUACUGGUGAUGGACUUCUUGGCCGAGAGA